AUGUCAGACAUUCCCCUUUCCACCCCUACUUAUGAGCCUGGCUCCUCCAUCACGGUAACUUCUACAAAUCAGUUCGAUAACCAGAGUGAUUUCAAAGAUUACAUUCUCUCCGCACUGCAUCAAGUCAAGGAGUAUCACGAGUUUGUGUUCAUCGACGUGCCUUCCUCUUGGGGAGAGGCCGUUUUACAGCUUAUCGAUGAGAGUAUCCCGUCUCGAAAAAGCUACAAUACUAUAACCCACACAUUACGAAUAAGAGUGGUGUUCACAUGGAUCCAUGACUGCGUCCAAGGCUGGCUCACAAAGCAACUGGUCGAGUGGCUGUUGAACGGUGACAUCACGCGAGAAGAAGAGUUGCUUUUACACCCGGGAGUUGGCACAACCCUUCAUUUCACGACCGGCCCCUACAGUGGCUCCAGGAAAGAGCCGGACCUUUUCUUCCAAGUCAACGAUCACAUCCUCCCAACUCUUGUCGUAGAGUGUGGCUGGAGUGAUUCGAAGGGACGAAUUUACGACGACAUGAACCUGUUGUUGGUGGGAGGCAAUGGCUCUAUCAAGAUUGUCAUCAUCGUCAAAUGGGCAAAGUUGCGAGGAAGUCGCGUCUCAGGGACUGUCGAGCUCUUCAUGAGAGAUCGAAACGACAUCCCUAUCUUGAAACAAAUCGAGAUACGUAUAUUCGAGGCUUUUUCAUCGAUGUUCUACUUACUUAUCGCAUGGUAUUUAUAUAUACAGACUGUCUUCCCACGCCCUACCACUACGAAUCUCCAACGACUAGAGAUCCGACGAGGUGAUCUUUUUGGUGACGCACUGUUAGCCGGUCGCAACCGGAAUGAUAUCCUUUACCUGGAUGUUGAGCGAUUGCGUGACCAUGCUACCAGAAGUCUCAGAUUCAUGAACCUUGUUCCUGCUUAG